AACCUCUGCCCCCGUGAGCAGGCGGCAGCCUGGCAGCCCUGUUCGCGGGCACUAUCGUCAAUAUCAGGGCUGGUUGCUGUGGCAGCUGGAGCAUAUUGCAAGUCCUGGGUGGUGUUAAAGCCCUGGUGAAGCUCAGCCCUAAAUACAGAAGCAAACCAAUUGCUGCUUCUCUACCAAACUGGCUGGCUGAUAGCUAUCCCAGUUCAUAUCCAACACCCUUCUAUGCAGCUAUUGCAAGCAACGUGUUUUCCCUUUUCUAUGAUGAAGCAAGUCAUUCAGUUAUCUGAGGACUUUUUGUACCUUUAAUUUGCUUUUGAGAGUUAGCAAUUUGUUUCUUUCCUGUGGAGAGGGUGUGUCGGUUAGAUAGAGCCACACGUGUCUGUGGGACUUUAAACUGCCAAGUGUGACUGUUAGACCUGACUGGAAGAAACUCAGUGUACACACGUCCCUCAAGAACAUAAUCUGUUUGUGCGGGUGUUUGCAGUCAUGUCCGAGGAAGACAGCAGUGAAAAUCUGAAAGAAGAAACCUUUUAUGAAGCCGAAAAUGGACAGGAAGCAGAGGAACUUGGCUGCACUGAGAGCAGUGAAGAGAGAGAGCAAGAGCUCGAGUCUGUGCCUAUGACUCGGAAGAGACCGGAACCCAAACCCCCGAGUCAGCCUGCUGCCACAGAAAAACCCGCAGCUGAAACACACCAGGUCUCAGAUUCUCCUGCUGCAGUUCAGACUGGAUGGGGCUACUGGGGAAGCUGGGGGAAAUCUCUUUUGUCAACUGCAUCUGCUACUGUAGCUACUGUAGGUCAAGGCAUUUCAAAUGUCAUAGAAAAAGCAGAAACAACCCUUGGGAUCCCCAGCCCUAGUGAAAUUUCUUCAGAGACUAGAGAUGCUGCAAGAGGAAGUGAGGAUCCCAGUGCUAGCAGCAUGGAUGUAGUUGAUGAUGGCAGUUCCUCUCCUAUUGCUGGGGCUCUUGGAGUUUUAUCCACCAUCUCUACUGCUGUCCAAAGCACAGGAAUAAGUGUUAUUAGUGGAGGUCUGGAUGCCUUGGAAUUCAUUGGGAAAAAGACAAUGGAUGUAAUAGCUGAGGGAGACCCUGGAUUCAAAAAAACAAAGGGCCUAAUGAAUAGAAACUCUACAUUAUCACAGGUUUUACGAGAGGCAAAGGAGAAAGAAGAGCAGCAGACAGCUACUGAGGUUGCCAUGGCUACGGAGAAGAAAGCCCAUUAUGGGUUACUAUUUGAUGAGUUUCAGGGUCUUUCGCAUCUGGAGGCCUUAGAGAUGCUUUCCAGAGAGAGUGAAUCAAAGGUGAAAUCAGUUCUAAACACCCUCUCUGGAGAAGAGUUGGACAUGCUGAAGGAGGACAUGGAACAACUAAAGGAAGCGUUUUCUUUACCUGAAUUCUUUGAAGAGGAGGAGGAAGAAAAGAAGGGAGAUGAGGAGUUCACAAAAGAAGUCACAGAGUUGUUUUCAGAAUUGCAGAUCUCCUCAAAGCCGGAUAAACUGAUCAGAGUGAGGACAUCUGCUCAUGAAUGGAUAACACAAUUCAACAGCAGUCUUCCUAAAGAGCAAAAAGAGAGUGAAGGAAACCAAGAAGCAGGAUCCAGAGAUGGUGACCAUGAUGCUAAAAAAUCAGUGGAGGAUAUUCAUGCAUUUGCUAUAAGGAGCCUGGCUGAACUGACAGCAUGCUGCAUUGAAAUGUUUCACAAAACAGCAGCUUUGUUUCUACAUGGUCAGAAACAAGAGGUAACAGCCACAGACAGAGCCAAGUCCCUUUCACAAAUGACGAUUGUGCUGUGUAAAGAGCUGUCAACCUUCUCUAAAGAGUUUACUACGUGCUUAACGACUGCAGGGGUCAAAGAGAAAGCAGAUGUGCUUAAUCCCUUAAUCACUGGAGUGUUUUUGGAGGCUUCAAACAGUGCUUCAUAUAUCCAAGAUGCCUUCCAGCUCCUGCUGCCAGUGCUGCAGAUCUCUCUUAUUGAGGCGAGAGCAGAACUAUCACAGUAAUAAAAAUCCUUCUAAUUAAGAACUUUUCGACCUUCCCACUUCGUAGUUUCUGUGCUGGAGAAUGAUGUAAUGGCUCUUAUUAAAAGGAAAAAGAUUAACUCUGAUCACUGCUGCUGCUGCAGGAACAGUGAUUAAGUGCAGUCUGGCAGUGACAGCUCUCACAGCACAUUGAGAGAUGUGAUUAGCAUAGGCCAGGCUGCCGGACAACGUGACAGACUUAAAGUGCAGUUUGCUUCUCUGUUUUUAUGGACUGUCUGUAUCUUUCACUGAAAUCCCUCUGCUGUAUGUGUUAACAAGCUCUUUGAAGAAGCUCCUUGGGCUGCAAAGAGCAUGCUGGAGAAAGGGAGUAGCGGCUGGCUAGCUGAAGGGUUAGCUAAAGUCACGGUGGCAUCUUUUUUUUUUUUUAAGUCAGAGAGACAUAAUUAGAUCCCUGAGAGCUCUGCAUUGAUAGUGAAUAUUGAAUAGGAGGUGCAGGAAAAGGCAAAUAUUUAUGAUCAUGAGCCUUGCAGUUCCUGAGCUGGAAAGAACGAAGCAGAGAGUCUUCCUGAUCAAGCCGUUGUCUGAAAAGAAGCCUCAGCUUCCUGAAGAUGCCUGUUAAUGACUCAGGGAUGUGGGAUGGGGCUUCUCACUAGGGUGCCGUUUCUCAUUCUCUUGCAGAGUGCUCCUUCAGCAGGAGCUGGGAAAAUGCUGAUCUGGCCCUAAGAAUGUGGAUAUUUUGCUUUAUAGCAAUAAACGAGAACUGGCUAAAAGAGA